AUGCGCAGCUGUACAUCCGCGCUCGCCUUAUGGGCGGCUGUGCUCGCCCACGCGCUUGUCGUCUCGGCCAGCCAGAUCGUGUUCUCGGCGCCGACCAACACCUCGAUCGGCGUGGAACGCAAACCGUUCGGCCGCUUCUUGCACGUUACCGACCUGCAUCCGGAUCCGCACUACAAGCACGCCUCUGCCGUCCAUUCCGCAUGCCACCAUACGAAACCAAAAAAGCACAAGGCAGACGGCAAGCAGCGUGCAGGAUGGUUUGGGACCGCCCUGACCGACUGCGAUUCACCCCCGCGUCUCGUAGCGUCCUCACUCCAGUGGGCGGCAAAGAACCUCGUGGGCAAAGAUGGCGGGAUCGACUUUAUCAUCUGGACGGGAGAUUCGGCUCGUCACGACAACGAUGACAAACUGCCGCGCUCGAGCAGGGAGAUCUUUGAGCUGAACCGGUGGACGCUGGAUCAACUCGAACGCGCGUUCCCGGGAGUACCGCUGGUCCCAAGUGUGGGCAACAACGACAUUUUCCCGCACAACAUUUUGUUCCCGGGCCCCAAUGCGGUGACGAAGGAGUAUGUGCAGAUCUGGCAAGACCAUGUGCCGGAGUACGAGUUCCACACCUUUGAACAGGGCGGCUACUAUGUCAAGGAACUUUUACCGAAUCGGCUCGCGGCAAUGAGUCUCAAUACGCUGUAUUUCUACGACAACAACAAGGCCGUCGAUGGAUGUGUGCGCACAAAGGGCAAGCACAACGUCGAUCCCGGAACCGCCCAACUCGACUGGCUAGAGGUGCAGCUGGAUCUGUUCAGGCAGAGGGGGAUGCAGGUGCAUUUGUUGGGUCACGUUCCGCCGACGGCGGGCAACUACUUUGCACGUUGCUACAAGCGGUAUACGGAUAUCGUGCUGCGGUUCCAGGAUACCAUCGUGGCACAGCAUUUCGGACACAUGAACACCGACGCGUUCUUCAUCCAGGAGGACCAGGACGCCGCGUAUGCUGCACAACACCCCAGCGUGCGCGUCAAGCAGGAAGGCUUGCCGGGCGAUUUGAAACAGGACUACUCGACGCUACCGGGCAAAGGACGUACGGACGAGGAUCUGUACUCGGUGUUCUUCAUCGCGCCCAGCAUCAUUCCGACCUACUAUCCGAGCAUCCGGCUCUGGACGUACAACACCACCGAAGGCGCGCGCUACACCGCCUCCACCACCACCACCACACAAGACGACGGCAUAGACGAGGUAGACGAAGAAGACGACGAUGUAGAUCUAGAUGAAGAGGACGAGGCGAUUGUGGACGUGCGGUCGAGACACCACCAUCGGCCGGUGCCGCCCAAGAAACGCCGGGGCAAGAAGGGCAAGAAGCGGCGACGGGCGCGACAUGCUUCGGCGGCGUCGCCAUCGCGCACCAACACCUACCUCAGCCUGCUGGGCUACAGCCAGUGGGUGAUGGACAUUGAUGCGCAGAACGACGCCAUCGAACGCAUCCUCAAGCAGCACGGCGACGACGAAAAGCGCCGCAAGCACGCCGAGGCGGUGGAUGUAGACUACCGGCUCGAGUACGCCACCUACCCGGCCUCGGUUUUGUGGGCCGACUUCGCCCCUUCGUCCGGGUAUACAGGACCGGCGGCGGUGCCCAAGGCGUUGCUCCAAAAAGAGCUGGCGCGCGCGGGGGUGGAGGAGCCGUGGAGCAAGGGCAAGCUGGCGAAGCCGCUGCGGCACAUGAGCGAGUAUGCGCUCGAGAGCGUGAGUGUGCGCACCAUGAUGGACCUGGCGCGUCGAUUGAUGGUCGACAAGAAGCUCUGGCGGCGGUUUGUACGACGCAUCUAUUCCGAAAGCGGCUACGUGCCGUGA